AACGACCGAAGCCAAAAGCUCCUGUCAAUAAAGGCGAUCUUAAGUUCAUCAGAUGCCAGGUUUGCGAUGCUAUGGCGAAGCAGGCGCGGAAUGUAGUGAAGGAGCUUAGCCAUGCUGCCGGCGCUAAAAAGGUCGCUGAGGCCGACAUUCUAGAGCGGGUUGAGAAAAUGUGCGACCCCGAUCAAGAUGCGGGCGACUGGAUCACCCGAUACGAUAUUGUAGAGCAGGACACAACCCUUCAGCUUAAAGAUACCGGCAGGCUCGGCAAGUGUCAGUCGGAGUGUCGUACCAUAGCACGCGCAUGCGAGCAGAUUUCCGAGGACGUCGACUUGACGGAUCUGAGUGCCAUGCUGUAUAAGGGCAAGAAGCGUGCCGCCGUGUCAAACUGGAUGUGUUAUGAUGCUACCGACGCCUGCACCAAGAAGCCUCCACCCGUCCCCAAGGACCGCCCCGCCGGCGAGGCCCACGUGCCGCUGAGCGAGGAGGAGGUGCGCAACGCGCGCAUGCUGCGAGACAUGGCCUCCGCGGGGCUCAGCGGCAGCCUGUACAGCCGGGAGAGCAUGAUGGAGGAGCUGGCGGAGCUGCGGGAGGAGUACGGAGAUGACCCGGACUUUAACAAGAUCUUGAAGGAAACCGGCAUGAGCGAGCACGUGCCCCCCCGACCUCCUUCCGAUGGAGAGGGCGAGGGACCCGCUAGCGGCAGCAGCGGAGGCGCUUCCUCCUCUUCCACAGCCGCGGCAUCCGCGCUGCAGGAGCGUGUGGCUCAGGCGGCGGAAGUGGUAAAGGAGGGGGC